GCAAGCCUCCACCUCCUCCACCUCCUCCACCUCCUCCACAAUGAUUAAGGUGUGCGUCUGCCUUGCUGUCCUGAUUGCAGGUGUGGCGUCCAUGCCCUCAAGUGGCUACCAACCCCAACCAUACAAACAGCCUGGCAUGCCGUACAACUUCGCCUACGGAGUGAAGGAUGACUACGCUGGCACAGACUUCGGCCAGGAGGAGAACAGUGAUGGUAACACAGUCAAGGGAUCCUACACUGUCCAGCUCCCUGACGGCCGCAAGCAGACGGUGAGCUACGUGGCUGACCAUCACAACGGCUUCGUGGCAGAUGUACAGUACUAUGGAGAGGCACAGUACCCCCACCAGUACGGUCCCCCUGUCACCUUCAAGCCUAAGGGGUACCACUAACCCACCUGCCCACACCUGCCUCUAAUUACCACACACCUGCCGUGAAAGUUACAGGUGUGGUUGUGUCCAAUACCUGUGUUCCUUCACCUGACUGACUUGCUCUGGUUAAUUAGUCCUCCUCACCUGUGGUUUGUUAUUACAGGUGAAUUAAUUAAGUUUUGUGUUUUUUUAUAUUUUUGUACUUGCUUUUAUUGUUCUUGUAGUGUUUGUGUUGUUUUAUGUUUGGGUCAAUUUUAUACUUACACGCA